UUCUCACAAUGUUUUCGAACUUGCAGAUAUUUUAUAAUUAUACAUAUACAUAUGUACACUAGUACAAGAUAUAUGAUCAACUAAUUGCCUGUUGUGUGAUUUUACUUCACGAGCCGGCGAGAUUAGCGCAGCGCACGUAGAACUACCUGUCGAUAAAUGAAGUCAUAUACUUGUAGAUUUAUCUGUGUGUAUGUGUGUAUGUAAGUGGAAAUGCAGAACUUAUUGCUAAAGUACUGCGCUGAUAAGCGGCGUAGAUGACCAAGAAAAACGCGCAUACAAUGAGUAUCUCUCUCGACUGAAGCUUCCAAAAUAAAGCAAGAACGUCUAAAAAUAGUGAUAACAAGAAGGCUAUAAACAACUAUAACCGUCAAUUUGAGAGUACAGAUUAUACGCACAUAUGAUAUGAUAUAUGUAAAUAAGAGGAAUAUGCGCUCUCUGUGGCAUAAGCGAGGUGCUUGCUCUCAACACCCAGUAAGCAUUUAAGAGGCAAUUUGUGAAAUUUGGAAUUUUUUUAUAUAGAAAGCAUAAAGCUGAAGUAUAGGAAUUAUGUGGUAUUAUCAUCAACAGAGGUAUUAACGGGUUAUAUGGGUUUGUUUAAGCAAAAAACGACAAAUUUUAAUUUUUUUUUAAUUUAAAAAUUUUUUAAAAUUAGUAUUAUUCCAUGAGAGCAAAAAUAAUCAAACUUGGCUACGAUUCGGACCGAUUGCGUCAGUAGAACAUAAUUUAUUAAGUUUGCCACGAAAUUUUUAGCACCCGGAUGACCCAUAUUCGUCUGUUUGUCCAUCCGUCCGUCUGUAUAUAUGCGAACUAGUUCCUCAGUUAUAAGUUAUAACUACCAUACAUGCUGACCGAUCAAAAACAAGAUUAAAUGAACCUGUGAAGGGUAUUGGAGCUACAAUGUAGCCGCUGUUAACUUUUUUUCUUCUUUUAAGCUGCUAAAGUUUACUUUAAGCUAAGUAUAUCGCUUUUCAAUUCUAAUGCUCACUGGGUUAUCCACAAGCAAUUAACGCAAUACGCCGAUCCCGCCAGCACAAUCAACAAGGCUACGUGAGGCAGCGUGAGAUUAACAAUGCCGUCUAGCGACUCUUUAUUCGUCUGGGGAACGUCGCGCUACUCGGUUCGGUUUUCGGCGCGCGUUUGUCGUCUGAAUUUGGAAAAUUUCGUUAAAAUCAAAAUUACCAAAUAACACGCAGGUCUGUUGAAAACAUCGUCUUAGUUGAAAAAAAAAGAAAGAAUACUUUGAUCACGGCGUUGUCAAAGAGCUAUCAUGACUACUGACAGCGGUGCAACAAACAAUGCGGCGUCUGCGACGGUGCCGACGGAAAACGCAGACUCCACCAAAGUUGACGAUGACUGCACGUUGGAUGGCAUUUUGGCGCGUAUUGGGCAAUUCGGCCGUUUUCAGCUCUUUAACUAUGUGCUACUAUGCAUACCGAUGAUUUUCAAUGCCUUCUUCUCCAUUUCGUAUGUGUUUACGGCGAGUACGGUGGUGCACAGAUGUAACGUGACGCAGUGCGACAGCGCGUGGAGCGCCUACGAUGAACCAUGGCUCAACUACACCAUACCCAUGAAGGGCUCCAGCUAUGACCAGUGCUCACGCUAUGUGUCUAAUGGUAAUGCGGAACGUACAUCCACGAAUUACUAUGCAAAGCCCUCGAGUGAGUUCUGCGCACCGGCAUAUUUCAGUCAAAGUGUUACCGAGAAAUGUGGAAACGAUUUCAAGUUUCGCGAUACUGAAUAUACGAUAUCGAAUGAGUUUUCCAUCUUUUGCUCGAGCAUAUGGAUGCUGACCUUGGUGGGUACGGUGAAUAAUAUUGGACAGUUUGUGGGCAUACCAGUGGGUGGAUUUUUUGCAGAUCGUUUUGGUCGACGCACAAUGCUCGCCGUAGGCGGUUUCCUCAGCGCUAUUAUGGGUAUACUGCGCUCGAUAUCCACCAACUACUACAUGUUCAUAGCUUUCGAAUUCAUUGAUAUGGCUGUCGGUAGCACACUCUUUCCAACGGCAUUUCUGCUAGCCAUCGAAUUAGUGGGACCCAAACGACGCGUGGCCGCCGCCACUAUCAUAACCAUUUUCUAUUCGCUAGGUGAGGCGCUGUUGGGUGUUUUAGCGCAACAAUUCCAAAAUUGGCGUGAUUUAUUGCGCGUACUCUACACGCCAGCGCUCUUACUGAUAGUCUUCCUUUUCGUGCUGCCGGAGAGUGUACGCUGGCUGCUGAGUCAGGGUCGAGAGGAAGAUGCUACACGCUUGUUGAAACGUGCCGCACGCAUAAAUAAACGUGAAAUACCAGAAAAUGAUCUGAAAGCUUUGGUAGCGGAAAACCAAGCGAAGCUAGCGCAGGCGCACGAAAGCCACUAUCCGAUUGUGAAAGCGUUGAAGCUAUUUCGUUGGCGUAUUUUGAAUUGUUGCUUCUGUUGGUUCACACACACUUUGGUAGCGCUGGGCCUGAGUCUUACCUCGGUCACGCUGGGCGGCAACAAGUAUACGAAUUUCCAAUUGAAUGGCUUGGUACAAGUGCCCGGCUUAAUUUUGCCACUACUGAUUAUGGAUCGCAUUGGGCGACGCUACUCGCUGUGUGGCUCUAUGCUGGUGUGUGCACUUUGUAUGGGCAUUACAGCGUUGGUGGGAGGAAAUCAUGAGAUUACCGAGUUGGUGCUCUUUUUAGUUGGCAAAUUUGCUAUUACAUGCAGUUUCCAGAUCUUAUACUUUUUCACUUCGGAAAUAUUCCCUACAAAUGUACGCAACAGUUUGUUGUCAUUUUGCUCCAUGAUUGGACGCAUCGGAUCGAUGCUGGCUCCACAAGCACCACUUUUGGCCAAUUACUAUGAGUAUGCACCACAAAUACUCUUUGCUAGCUUUGCCUUAAUUAGCGGUACAUUAACGCUGCUCUUCCCUGAAACUACUGAUAAAGUCUUACCAACAACGCUACAAGAUGCCGAGCAAUUGAAUGAUAAAAAGCGACAAAAUAAGGCAAAUAUUGUUGAAUGAGCUAGAUUGCACGUUGGAGUGAAGUGUUUUGCGAAUUGUUAUAUACAUAUGUAUAUAGACAAAUAAACUUAGUAAAUUUUAUUAAAAUAAUCUAUAAUAUUUAGCACACGUAUAGUUAAUUUAAAUGUGUAUUAAUGUAUAUUUUUGUAUGUGUAGAAAUCCAUUAUAGGUCAGUAGUGUAAUAUAAAAACUAGUAAAUAAAAUUGUUUUCGUUAAUAAAUA